GUUGCUAUGCUGAUAGCGCUGUGCUGCAAGGCAGGCGAGCAGCUGCAGAGAGACGAGAGAGCACUGACAACGGACGGGCUCAGCUUGGGGAAAGUCAGAGACGCAACAUUUGUCUAUUAUGUAGUCUGCUCUGUGAAAUUAUUCUGCUCUAACGUGUACGCCGAUCAUAUCUUCGCUUUUUGUACGCACGCGUGGGAUUACAUGUAUGGUUUUCUCCGCCUGAAAUGACUGCUGGUGCCUGUGUCUAGCCAAUGGUUACUGUGGGGGCUCCUGUCGUGUGGAUUAUCCGUCGUCGCCGAGCGAGUCGCAGGGUCGAGCCCGGAGGAGGCCCCGCUCUGCUGGAUGUAUGUGAAGCAGCACCAGGCUCCAAGAACUGAUGAAGACCAUGAUGAUGCUCAGGUUUCCUCGGCAGUGGGUGAACUGAGCUUGGAUGUUCAGGCUAUAUCACCCCGACAUAAACCAUUUCCUCCUACAGCAAAAUUAUAUUCCUUAAAAACUGGACGCCCCUGGAGCAGUUUAUGACGACCCUGGUAGGAGCGUGAUGAGCGCGCGCUUCCGCUUGCCUGCUGGCAGAUCCUACAAUGUCCGGGCGACGGAGCUGGAGCGAGACAGGCAGCACACACAGGUUGUGUGCAACAUACUGCUGUUGGACAACACGGUCCAGGCCUUCAAAGUCAGCAAGUCGGACCAUGGCCAGGUAUUGCUGGAUGCUGUCUUUAAGCACCUGGAGCUGACUGAGAGGGACUACUUUGGCCUUCACCUGGCCGACGACUCCUCAGACACACCGCGCUGGCUCGAUCCCAACAAGCCCAUCAGGAAACAGUUAAAAAGAGGGUCUCCACAUAAUCUGAGCUUCAGAGUCAAGUUCUUUGUGACAGACCCCAGUAAACUUCAGGAAGAGUACACACGGUACCAGUAUUUUCUCCAGAUAAAGCAGGAUAUAUUAACUGGAAGAUUGCCCUGUCCACACAACACGGCUGCGCUCCUGGCAUCGUAUGCUGUUCAGUCUGAGUUAGGUGACUACAGCGAAACAGACCAUGCUUCAGGCUAUCUCUCCGACUACUGCUUCAUCCCCAACCCUCCACAAGACUUCCACAAAGAGGUCACCAAACAUCACCAGCAGCACAGUGGUCUAUCUCCUGCCCAGUCAGAGUUUAAUUAUCUGAACACAGCACGCACGCUGGAGCUCUACGGGGUAGAGCUGCACUAUGCAAGGGACCAGAGUAACACAGAGAUUCUGAUUGGUGUGAUGUCAGCAGGCAUUGUGGUUUACAAGAACAGGGUACGGAUCAACUACUUCCCAUGGUUGAAAAUAGUGAAAAUUUCAUUCAAGUGCAAACAGUUCUUCAUCCAGCUGAGAAGAGAGGCGAACGAAUCCCGCGAGACGCUGUUGGGUUUCAACAUGGUGAACUACCGGGCCUGUAAGAACCUGUGGAAGGCGUGUGUGGAGCACCACACCUUCUUCAGGCUGGACCGGCCCGUCCCGCCACAGAAGAACUUCUUCGCACACUACUUUACCCUGGGCUCCAAGUUCAGAUACUGUGGGCGGACAGAGGUGCAGUCGGUGCAAUAUGGAAAGGAGAAAGGCAUAAAGGACAGAGUGUUUGCCAGGUCUCCCAGCAAGCCAUUGGCCAGGAAAUUGGUGGGCGGGACCGACUGGGAGUCAGUCAGCAGAAACAGCCUAUCAGAUGAGAGACUGGAGACUCAGAGCCUGCCCACUCGCUCCCCGCCUGGGACGCCAAACCAGAAUUCGCUGUUUGUUCAGGAGGGCACACGUCUGCGCCCGUCGUCCGUUGGCCACCUGGUCGAUCAUGUGAUCCAUGCUUCACCCAGCCUGCCCGUCUUCUCCUCCAAUCACAAGUCAGCAUCGUCCACGCAGGCCAAUAGCAUCAGCCUAGACUCUACCCCGUCUCCAGAAGGGGUGGAUGGUCAGCCCCCUGCUCUGCCCCCCAAGCAGCUGAGCAGGAAGACCCUGAGCCAGAUCAUCCAGGCCCACUCCCAGCAGAGCCUCCUGGACAACCACCUCAACGAGAUGUACGACGUCCCCGUCAACACUGACAAGACCACGCUAAAUGGAGUAGUCCCACAUGAUAAUCUUGUCCUGAUCAAGAUGAGACCUGAUGAACACGGACGCUUUGGCUUCAAUGUCAAGGGUGGAGCUGACCAGAAGAUGCCCAUCAUCGUGUCUCGAGUGGCUCCGGGAACAUCAGCUGACCUCUGUGUGCCUCGCCUUAAUGAGGGGGACCAGGUGGUUUUAAUUAAUGGGCGGGACAUCUCUGACCACACCCAUGACCAGGUGGUCAUGUUCAUCAAGGCCAGCUGUGAGAGCCAUUCUGGAGAACUUAUACUAUUGGUCAGACCUAAUGCCAUCUAUGACGUGGUGGAGGAGAAGGUGGACUCGGAGCCAGAUUUUCAGUACAUCCCAGAGAAGUCCCCGCAGGAUCCUGCCCAGCUAGACCAGCAUGCUUGGAGGGACUCCAUGGUCACACUGAAGGAAGGCCUCGCCAGUGGAGCUAUACUAGCACAGUUUGAUCAAUUGUACAGGAAGAGGCCAGGAAUGACUAUGCUGUGUGCCAAAUUACCUCAGAACGUUUCCAAAAACCGCUACAGAGACAUCUCUCCUUAUGAUGCCACGCGGGUCAUUCUGAAAAGCACAGAUGACUACAUCAAUGCAAAUUACAUCAAUAUGGAGAUCCCAGCCUCCAGUCUGAUAAACCGCUACAUAGCGUGCCAGGGCCCGCUGCCCAACACAUGUCCUGACUUCUGGCAAAUGACCUGGGAGCAGGGCUCAUCUAUGGUGGUCAUGCUAACCACACAGGUCGAGAGGGGGCGGGUGAAGUGUCACCAGUACUGGCCUAACCCAGACAGCAGCGCCACCUACGGGGACUUCACAGUGACAUGCCACACCGAAGAGGGCAACGCUGCCUUCCUGGUUCGGGAAAUGACCCUAAUGCACACACAGAGUGAGCAGCAAAGAGAACUGACCCAGAUCCAGUACCUGGCUUGGCCCGACCAUGGCGUUCCUGAUGACUCCACUGAUUUCCUGGACUUUGUGGCUCUGGUACGGAGCAAACGGGCCGGGCGGGACCAGCCCAUGGUGGUACACUGCAGUGCGGGGAUCGGUAGAACAGGGGUGCUGAUCACCAUGGAGACGGCCUUGUGUCUAAUGGAGUGCGGUCAGCCUGUUUAUCCUCUUGAUAUCGUCAGGACCAUGAGAGACCAGAGGGCCAUGAUGAUACAGACACCUAGCCAGUACCGCUUUGUGUGCGAGGCCAUCCUGAAGGUCUACGAGGAGGGCCUGGUGAAACCGCUCAAGACGGCCCUCUACCAGCAGAGAGAGAGGGAGGAGGAGAGAGAGGAGAAGAAAGAGCAGCAGAAGGCAGGAGAAGGAGAGGAGGCGGUGAUGCUGGAGCAAGAAGAGGUGGCCGGGGCGGAGCUGCUAGAAGGAGGUCUGGAUGAAGAGGACGAUGAUGACGAUGAAGAGGUGGAGGUGCUGGACGUGGGGGAGGUAGUGGACGAGGGUGAGGAUGAUGAUGAGGAGGAGGUGGAGGAGCCGAGCGUUGCCAGCGCCACCAGCGUCGCCAGCGAGACCAGCUUGAACCCUGACCCUGAGCCUGCGAACCCUUGACUGCUGACCUUUGGGGGUUGUCAGGGGUUACCAGGAGGCAGCCAGAGGAGAGAACAAAAGCACUGUUGCACUUUACGCUGACAAAAAUGAAAAAAAAACAAAACAAAAACAAAAAGACAGACCAACAAACAAACAAAAACGUGAAAAUCAUGGACAAAUAAUAAAGAAAAAAAGAAAUACAGCUGUGUUGAAUAGGUACCAUUAGGGGACAUUGUGUGUUCAGGGUAAACAAAAAAGUACAGAGAGAAAGAAUGAAAAGAUUAAAGGUACGAGAGAAUAAAACAUGGAUGUGGAAUUGCUGUAGUGCCAUAAGUACGAAGGGGAGGGGCUGCCAACAUGGAUGGAUAGAAUUUUUUUUUUCCUUUAAGGGUCGCCCUCUCCCCUUCGAAGUGAGUCUGCCAGACGGACCUGCCUUUUUUUUUUUCUUUCUUUUUUUUUUUUUUUUACUUAAUGUCCUUUUAGCUGAUAAAGAGAUAUACCUUAUCUUUUUUUCCUCAGAGUAUUUAUUGUGUUUUAGUUUGUGUCAAACCCUGUCCACUGAACGAAAAAAAAAAAAGCUGUAUGUUUGUUUGUACAAGUCUAGCUUCAUGCUUCUCUGAUUAAAUCUUAGGUAGUCAAGUAGUGAGAUUCCUCUUCUUCUACUACUUCUUUAUUUCUUUUACUUUUAGUGGGGGAAAAGGUGAUUUAAUUUAUUGUAGUUAAUUUUUAUCUUUUGUAGCUUUCUUGUCUAAGUUUCUGACAGUGCAGACAGAUGGAUGGACAGUUGAAAGCACUUUGUGUCUCACCCUGUUCAAUGCUGUGGCGAGUUUGUCGCUUUAUCCUGCUUCGUGCUUUGCUUUUGAGCUCAGCGACACACAUAAAGUUGUAAAGUGGCCAUCGAUUGGCGUGGUGAAGAACACAACUGGUUUACAAUCUGUAGGGCCUGUGUGUACUGGGUGCUUCUCUUUCACACGGCGAUCGUGUGAGUCAAGGCUCCUACUGGUGCUGCAUGACUACAGAUUUGCUUUUGAAUAACAGAAUAACUUUUCAAACUUUCAGCAUUCAGUGCAUUGACUGAAAACAAAUUUCACUCUCAGCUCUGAGCGCUGUGGGUAACACUCAACAGCACGUCCAUUCACCGGGAGAGAAAGCAGCCAGUGCUGUGAAGAGAGGCCCCCAGUGGACACACAGCCUCACUGACUUGCAAUCUAAGCUUUUUUUUUUUAUUAUUAUUUUUUUGCCAAGCCGUCACGGCCGAUAAAGCUAAGAAACAAGGCUGGGGUCAGCUCAGUUCAGUUCUCUCUUAGUUUCAAUCAGCUCAGUGUAUAAAUCAAACCUGCAAUUAAGUCGCAAAUGACAAAAGUGUGCAGCGUAGACCUGGGUUCAACCCCACCAGAUCGCUAAGCAGCCAGAGAAAAUGUAACUGACCUCAAACUUGUCAAGAAUGGAGAGAACGGAACGCAAAUGCUGACCUCCCAAACACUUUUUUUUUUUUGCAUCAGAUAUUUAUUGCAGUGGGACUGACAACCAAUUCCUGUAAGCUGAAGCAAACCCAGGUGUCUCUUCUCUCCAGAUGUCCCCAUCUUACACAUUUGGGAUUGAGACUAAUGGAGAUUUUCAUCACUUUUUUUGCGAGUAAUCAUGUGACCCAGCAUUAAACUCAGAGCAGAGCUAGUCAUCAGUUUUCCUUGGAAAGUUUUAUCCCCCUCCCUCAAGUGUCAGCGGGGUGAGGAGAUCACUGGAGCGGGGCUUUAAAACAACCUCUUUAGCUGUUUCUUUAUUCUCCCAGUCCCGGAGUCUGCUGGAGAACAGUAGAGCAUUCAAGCCAGCUGCACAAACAGAGCACUCAACCAAUAAUCAUGUCCUUUUAUUUCAUUGUGUCAAGGCACAUGCUGUUUUUAGUUUUAUUUUUGUUUUUAAACCAAGAUGAUAAUCUGUAUCGGGUGAUUAGUGAACAACUGAUGAUGAUUUUUGAUGAUGAUGAUGAUGUUACUUUAAAUCACAAAAUCCAGCAUCAAAUUGCUUGUUGAGUGACUGUCGUCAAUUUACGGGCUAAGCUGUCAUUGUACUUUUCAUAGCAGUUUGAAAUGGAGUGUAGCCUCUUCAUAGUUUCAGGUAUAUUUCUCUUAGGCUGCUUUAGUACCUGCUGUCAUUGGCUCCUUCAAUGCAUUCUACUGGACAAACCUACUGCAGUGUGUGUGUGUGUGUGUGUGUGUGUGUGUGUGUGUGUGUGUGUGUGUUUCUGUUUUCUGUCUUUAUCUCUCUCUCUCUCUCUCUCUCUCUCUCUCUCUCUCUCUCUCUCUCCCUCCCUCUCUCUGUCAUUUCUAUGGUAGAAUUUGUUAGCUGUCUGGUCUAAGCCUGCUUGUCCAUUAACUGGAAUCCAAGGUUGUGACUCGUGCUGUAAAGCCACAUACCUGACCUGAUCUGAAGUUUAGUCUGAAGAGGACACAGACACAGCCUGCUUUUUGAGAGUUGAAAAAUAUAUAUUUUAGUCUGUCUUAAGAACCGGGCUUAAUCUUUGUCUGUGAAAGAACAAUUCAAACCUCCCUUUCAAAUAGCUGAAUCAUACAUUUUGGCGCAUGGAGAGGCGGGAUCAAGAAGAGCCUAGAGACUCUCUCUCCCUCUUCCCUCUGUCCCCCCCACCCUCCCCCUUUAUAUUCUGGAGCCAUAUUUCAGUAUUCUCCCAAAUCUCCCUAACUCCUUCUCUCAGGCUACAUCAGUCAUUUCAGCAGAGCCCACGCAAACAUCCGCAGUCCUUUCUUUUAAUUGUUCUUCCCCCAAAUGCCUCUCUUUUGCACCAUUAUACAUGGAUCCCACUUUCAGUUUCAACACGGCCUCGAGGCAAAUGACACAUCCGAGCAAAACACCCUGGGUACUGUAAGCGUACCAAACAACAGCUCACUUUACGCAGACGGGCCAACUGAGGCUAACCAGUGAGGAAUUGAUAGACUGACUGAUUGAUUCGGUCUUUUAAUUGAUAGUUAAAACCACAUCGAUUCUCUAGACGUAUGAACUAAUCAUCAAAAGAAGGAAACAUAGUUUGAGCCUGGAGGUUUCUUUCCAUCAGUCCUUUUUUCUUUUUUUUUUUUUUUUUUGCAUUCUUCAGCAGGGCCAAGCAAACAUUGUUUAACCGCCAAAUCAAACUUAAUUAACACUUGAUGGCUUACGAGACCUCCAUCUAGCAAAUCUCUCGAGGCAUCAUUAAGUUCAAGAUAAUAACAAAGCUUUUUUUGAUUUUUGAUGGGGAGGGGAAAUAGAAGGGAAUCAAUUACAAAUUACGAAAAAACAAAAAAAAAAGCUUGAAAAUGUAAAAUAAGGUGAUUAGAAGUUGGCCCUGUAAUGAAAACUCAAGUAAGAAUCCGGAAACAUCUCCACAAAUGUCCAGCAUUGAGCUCUCUAUGUUCAAAGUGUUGUGUUGUCGACACAUAAUGGGUACUGUCUGUGUGUUUAGGGUACUGAUCAAAGGUAGUUUGGAGGGACCGGGGGACAGGGAGGGUUGGGGUUAGCCGAGUUGUAUUUUUGUAAAGAUGAAACAGUUCUAGCUGGGUAGGGAAAGGACAGCACUUUGUAGAAGGCUGGGUGGCAGGUAGUGCUACUGAAAAAAAAAAAGUCAGAGACAUAAAGUGGUGUUACAAUAAGUUGUUCUUUUUUUUUUAAUUUAUCAUUUUUAUUUUGUUUUAAAAAAAGACACCUGUAGGGAUCAAGAAAAAGAAAAGAGAACUUCUAACUACACAGUGCCACUUGUUAAUUUUUGUGUAAAUAAUACUAGACCAUGUAAAUACAAUGUUGUAUAUGAAAAAAAAUCUUUAAAAUAAAAGGGAAAAUCAUUUGUGAGUUGAAACAUUUUAUUUUUUAUUUUGUUUGGAUUUUUCUUUUCUUUUUCUUUUUUUUUGGGUUGAUGAUUCUAAUGUGACACGAAUGGUGUGUAUUUCAAAAAUGCUAUUUCAAAAGUUUGUUUUAUUUUAAGCUUAAUCUAUAAGCGAGUGUAUAUAUAAUGAAACACAAAAUAAUGAGAAAUGUUUUACCGUAUAUACCCUUGGUUAACUCCUCUACCUGUGUCAUAAAAACCUUUGUCCUCAGUUGCUUGUUUUUUUCUGGUAUCAUGGUUUUACGGUGCUUUGGACAUGUCUAUAAGCUUGAUUGUGAACAAUUAAAGCUUGUCUGUCAAAGCA